AUUAAUUGGACUUGGUGGAGCAGUCAGUGUUCAGAUGGAGUUUUGUGAGAGCAAGUGAUUUCUUCAGUUUUCCAAAGGUCCUGGUGGGUGACCAGCUGGCUGCCGUCAUGGUGCCCGUCCUCCCUGUGCCAGCUGAAGGAGGCUGAGACAAAGAUGCUGCAGUCUUUAAGCAGCAAGUUCUCCCAGCAGCACGUUCACAUCUCCAACGGGAACAGAAUCUGGACGCUGAUGUUCAACGUGGGCGCCCAGGACGCCACGCCCGUGGUGCUGCUGCACGGCUUCGGAGGGGGCGUGGGGCUGUGGGCGCUCAACCUGGACGCCCUGUCCCAGCGCCGCCCCGUCUACGCCCUCGACCUGCUGGGCUUCGGGCGGAGCAGCCGGCCGCAGUUCAGCAGCGACGCCUGCGAGGCGGAGCAGCAGUUCGUGGACUCCAUCGAGCAGUGGCGGGCCAAAGUGGGCCUGGAGGCCAUGAUUCUGGUCGGGCACAACCUGGGCGGCUACCUGGCGGCCUCUUACUCCCUGAGCUUCCCCUCCAGAGUGAAGCACCUGAUUUUGGUGGAGCCGUGGGGGUUCCCUGAGCGCCCCGACACUGGUGAUCAGGACCGACCAAUCCCAGUGUGGAUCAAAGCCCUGGGGGCCAUGCUGAGCCCCUUCAACCCACUGGCAGGGCUGAGACUGGCAGGCCCGCUGGGCCCUAUGCUGGUCCAAACACUCAGACCGGACUUCAAGAAGAAAUUCUCCUCUAUGUUUAAUGACAACACCGUCACUGAGUACAUCUACCACCUGAAUGUUCAGACACCAAGUGGAGAAACGGCCUUUAAGAACAUGACCAUUCCGUACGGCUGGGCGAAGCAUCCCAUGCUGCAGAGAGUGAGUCUGAUCCAGCAGGAUGUGCCCAUCAGCGUGGUGUACGGGUCGCGCUCCAGCAUCGAUGGGAACUCCGGGGCUGCCAUCAAAGAGCUGAGGCCUAACUCUCACGUGGAGAUCGUUGUGAUCCGCGGGGCCGGGCACUAUGUGUAUGCUGACCAGCCGGAGGACUUUAACCAGCAAAUCCUGCAGAUCUGUGACCAAGUGGAUUGAUGCCACCCCCGCUGCCACCAAGCAAGUGUCACUCACAGGAUCGAGGCCUACACAGCUCUGUGCCUUGGCCUGUCCUGCAGGGGGUUGAGGGGUUAGUGCCUUUUUUGAAAGAACCAGCAUCAUUUCAACCCAUAUUCCAUUACAUCACCAGGGCAGGUGGGGGUGGCUUAUAGGGGUGUGCUGUUUUACGCUGGAAAUAUGACUAGUGCCAUGCCUGUUUGACCGAUAAUUGGAUUUUCUUUUUGAAAUAUCCAGUGUAUUAUCUGAAAACUUUACUUGUCGUAUUGACUUGUAGACCGGUGCAUAUAUGAUC